AGACUUGGAUCAUCAAGAUGCCUGAGCCUGCGAAGUCUGCGCCCAAGAAGGGCUCCAAGAAAGCCGUGACCAAGACCGCCGCCGGCAAGGGAGGCAAGAAGAGGAGAAAGACCAGGAAGGAGAGCUACGCCAUCUACGUGUACAAGGUGAUGAAGCAGGUUCAUCCCGACACCGGCAUCUCCUCCAAGGCCAUGGGCAUCAUGAACUCCUUUGUGAGCGACAUCUUUGAGCGCAUCGCUGCUGAGGCGUCUCGUCUGGCUCACUACAACAAGCGCUCCACCAUCACGUCCAGGGAGAUUCAGACCGCCGUGCGUCUGCUGCUGCCUGGUGAACUGGCCAAGCACGCUGUGUCCGAGGGCACCAAGGCUGUGACCAAGUACACCAGCUCCAAAGGCAGAAGCAUCUGCUGUGGAUUAAUGGACAGGUGUGAUUUUGGUUUUUCCACGAGUGUUGAAGUCCACAGAUCUCUGAAAGAAGAGCUGAAUCCUCUUCGUUGACAAAAGGAGAAGAUCAUGGACCAGUACAAGUUCUACGACCCGACGCCGAAAAAGUAAUACUUUGAUCCUUGACUGCACCGUAUGUCUAGAAUUAG